CCGUGCGCUGUGAUCGCGCGCGACGAAGCUUUCGUAGCUGCUCGAGCCAUGUGUAAUGUUUUCAUCACAGAGGGGAUCUGUCAGUUAGCUUUCGGAGUCGACAUCUCGUAUCAUGAAUGAAUAAAUUAUUCCUAUACAACGGUACGUGCUUACGCAUCGCGCUCGUUCCCAGGGAGGACAGCUUUCGCCAAGUGACUAGUUUUUCUCGUAAGCUUGUGGCCGUUGACACUGCAGCGUACGGGUCCCGCAGUGUGCAAGUGUGUGGUUGAUUAGCGAGCGUAAUACGAGGACGUCAGCUGAGUCGCGUAAACAUUAGCCUGACCAAGUUUAACUGACGAGAUCAUGGCUUAUCCUCUAUCAUAAUUUUUCGGACUAAAGCUUAUCCAUUUUGAGAAGGAUACCAAUAUGCGGCGCCUCGUCUUGCUGUUAUUGACAGGCGUCGUUUUUGCCGUGGAAGUCCACUUUGAAAAUAAGGAUAGUGGAUUUUUCCUGAAACAUACAGCACGAUGGAGUGGAUCGGGUCCCCCACCCGAGCCAAUGGGUACAGCACUUCCCGGUGCCCUCCUUUCCCUCGAUCGAUUUACAGUUCUUCAAGGUUCCGCCCCAGCAUCUGUCAGAGCAACGUAUGGACCAUUUUCUACAAAACAAACAGUUCCAGCUCGUUAUGCUGUUCCCGACCCCCUUGAACCGCCACGAAGAAAUGCAACGCUAGUUGAAUUACAAGAUGCAACAGCGCAUAGACUUGACGUGUCAGCCCAUCUUGUGUUUCGAGAACUACCCAAAGAUGCACCCGUACUAAGAGUUUUAUUCCAUACGGGCGGUGAAGGAGGUGCUCGAAGGGCAGCUGCUAGGCCUCGUCGUGUAUGCAUAACUCUUCAUGCUAGCCUCGGAACAAAAACUUUGACCGCCACAUGUGGACCGGAAGGCGAAGAAGGAGCAUGUUUGGCAGAACUCACAGUCCCAGCUGCAUGGUGGCCAGCAGAUGGUAAAGGAAAACGGCCACCAAGAACUAUGAAACUAGCGUACAGUGCAGCUGAGGCAAGCAGCGGUGAAACUGGAGAAGGAGUAUGCGGCAAAGUAUCUGUGCAACCAGCUUGGCCAUUAGGCACAGUCACCUUGUCAGGAGCUCGUGCUGGUUAUAGAGAAGCGCGUGCGGGAGACACAGCACUAUUGUUACCACGAGCGCCUUUAUACCCACACUUUAGGUUACAUUUGCCUUUUGUUAUUCGACGUGACACCAGCCAUUCAAUAGGACAUGUUGUUAUCAGAAUGAAAGUAAAGUCCGGGCUGAGGUUAGUGAGCGUAACAACAGCGAACUCUCAAUGGGCAGUAACUGCAGAAGUUAAGCCACGUGCUGCGACCGUUACUGCAACACGUCUUGAACAACCCCUGCGUGAUGACGACAAUCUUGAAACAGACAUUGAGGAGAAUACCGGAGCUGGUGGACCUGGCUGGGAAGAGAUUCUUACAUGGUUGGUAGAAGUUGGGGCCGAAGGCGAAGGAGACGCAGAAGGUUCCGAGGGAGAAUCUGGUCGCGGUACAGCAAGAAUCAGCUGGUCAGCGAAGGUAUCUUCCACACCAAGCGCUACAUCAACUACUGAAGAAACACCCCAUGAACACCGAGUUAACACAAGACUUGAUAUUGAAAAAGAUGACAUUCAGGCUGUACUUCCUAUUUCAAAGAACUGGGAAGUGCUGAAUACAGCUGUGCUGACCGGGAGACAGGUGUCACAGGCUAUGAAGGUGCUGAUAGUAUCUCAAGCCGGCCAGGUGGCUGACGUGACGUUGCAGAGCUCUUGCCAUUCGGAAGAUGAGAGCGUACUUAAGGUCUCAUCAUCGUGCAGUUCCGUAUAUGUAGAUGGAUCGGAAAUCCGUGGCUCAUCAAAUGCUUCCGUGAUCGUUAAAUAUGGUACCUACACUGGCUUGGCGAGAUUUACAGUUUGGAUGCCGGAGUAUCCCCUCGAAAUAGAUGUUGACGAUAAUCGCCUAUCACAAAUUAAAGGCUGGAAAGUAUCAGACGAGGCGAAUGCUAAAGACAGAUUAAGACGGUCUUUGUCGUCGCGAGGGUGGGGUGGCUCGAGACCCGACGCCCCCAACUCUCUGACGGAUCAGCGCUCUUGCAGACUCAGAUACCAACAAAGCAAUGUUGAGGUGUACGCGCGGUUUCUCGCAAAGGAUCACGACUCGGGACGCGUGUCGUACUUCGUGUCGCGCCGCACGUGGCUCAAGGUGACGGAGCUGGUGUUGUCCCUGAUGCGCGUGUCGGACCCACGCAUUGCGUCGCUGCGUGACCGCGUACUGCAAGGCCGCAGCACCGGACGGACGGAAGUGCAAGUUCUAUCACCCAUUACUGGACGAGUCAUUGGACUCCGCGAAGUUCGUGUGGUCAACGAUAAAGUCUCAAUCUCUCGUCUACUUGUUCGUGUCAUCUCGGGCUUACAACUAAAUAUAUCUCCGGAUACUGCGAUUGAAAAUGGAUACGUUUCUGAAACCACGGUUACCAGACGAUUAACAGCACAGUAUCAGGAAGGCUUGUUGGAUAUAGACAUUGAAUUUUCUGAUGGAAGUCACACAGCUCUCCGGGACGUUGCCGUGUCUGACUAUUACCUAUUAGUGGAGAGCUUGGACACCGAGGUCGUAGCGUUUGCGCCAAUGUUGGCCUCGCGUCAUCCCCGCGUUAUUGCUGUCGGUGAAGGCAGCGGUGAACUCUUGCGAGUCACCCUCCUCACCCCGGAACAGUGUCGCUCGGGUCCGCUGCGUCGAGUGGCGCUGCCCGGGAAGGGCGACGCAAAGACGCCCGCCAACAUUAAGAACAUCCCCGGAGCGCUCGCCAGCGCGGCGGCCGGCGUGGACGUGGACUUCAGCGGCGGAGACGCGCCGCAGCGCCCCGACACGCCGCAGAACGACGACAUCAUGGCGCGCGGCGGCGUGCGCACCGGCAUGUCGGACCUCAGUGACGUUCUAAAAGGAUUUUCGCCAUUCAAAGAUGAAAACAAUCACGAACCUACAGUCCAAGCUCAACAAUACGGUUCUAUUUUUAGAAGCAACGCCGCUCUCCAUCCCAGACAUCCUCCACAGAGUAAUAUGUCACAAGUUGAAAUCGGCAUGUUCGUUUUACUGGGCGCAUUCUGUUUUGCAAUUGUGGUGUUCGUGGUGUCGUGCGUGGUGUACGCGUACCGCCUGAAGCCGGUGGGCGCGGAGGGCGCGGGGGCCGCGGGGCUGGCGGGCGCGGAGAGCGCGCGCGCGGCGCCGCUCACCACGCUCGCGCUCACGAGGGACAAACCCGCCAGGGACUCCACUACCAACGCGCAUGAUUGGGUUUGGCUCGGUCGAGCGACUAUCGAAAGAAAUGGAAACCGUCAACCCGCCAACGUUGAUCGUAAUUCGACGCAUCUCAUCGAGAAAGGCAACAAUAAUCGAGAGAUGAGAAUCACAGCCAACCCCCUCAACUACAACUACGUAGAUCCGGAUGACGCGAUACGCGAAAAUGGAAACGUCAUGGUGACAAGCUUCGACAACCCCAAUUCGAUCGAGCUGCCGUCACAAAGCGAGAGACGCGACCGAGUCAUCGACUCCACGACGUACUGCAAGAAACCUUCACGACACAAUCGUCAAAACUCCGGAGACGGUCAUUGGCAGAUGGAUACAAGCACCGAAGAUGACUACCGACCCCCCGUUCCUCCCCAUAGGAACUCUUCAACGCCUCAACCUCAAGUCCCAGUGCCACCUCGAAAUUCCAACAAAAUUUUGUCAGAUACCGUCAUGCCACCAACUCGCCGAAGCCAUUCCAGAAAUCACCACAAGAAACACGACCGCGAUUAUGAUUCCAAACGCUCUCCGGAAAAUGGCCGACGCUCAGACCGAAUUAUUGAUUUAAACAGAAUGGAUGCUCCGUAUAUGUCAAGCCGAGAUAUUAAAGAUCAAUACAAACGCGACUCAUACCCCCUGCAAUUACGAAACGAUUUUGACGAUAACCCUGUAGAAAAACUUACUAACAAAGACGACUGCGCUAAGCUAUUCGAAUUCGAUAAUGACGCUCCACUCAUUAUGGAAAAUAAAGAUUAUAGAGAGAUCGUGGGACUCAACAGAGGAACGGAUGAUUCCCGACGUACUUUUGUAAAACCAGAAAGCCCCGACUAUAUGCAUGACUCUGGAAUUGGCCUACCGGAAGUACAAAUGAGACAUAAGUCAAAGAACAAGGAAUCUAAUGCUAAAUCUGACUUCGUCGAACCAACAAGCCAGACUAAAGGAGGCAGUUCCCCGGAAGUGAAGCGCGCUACUAUAGUGGGGAACCCCAUGUACUCUCGCGGAGAAGACGAGCUGCGAGCCGACGCUCCCGUGGAGUCCCUCGGUCUGGACGACCUGCACAUGGACUACGAUCAGAUCAUGCACUAUUUCCACAACCUCAAGGAAUCAAACGCCUGAGUAGAGCAGAUCAUUGCAAAGAUCCGGCAGAUAUUGUCUACGUUUAAAUAUCAGCAUAUCAUCAAAGCUCCUCCAAUCGACGUAUUCAAUGCCCCCACCGGCUCAGCCGGGGCAGCCGGGCUCGAGGAUAGUACUGUUGACGCUCCUAACAACGAAUCGCACGCAACUGUUGAUGCGCACAUUUACGAAAACGUUUAUAACGGUAACAAUGUCGCACCAACUAAAAUGCUAUGCGACUCGAUUGCUCAUAAAAACAAUUUCAUGAAAAGACAAUUGAAAUUCUUGUUAGAGCAUUUGAGCGAAUCGUACGAAUGAAGUCAACGUAUUAUCCUCCAUACAAUAUGUGUCUAAAAGUGGAUCCUUGCAGUGAUCGAAAACGAAGUAUAAACAAUGAUGAUGUAACUUUUAUACUUAUUUAGCGUUAAACGUAUUUACUCUAGUCAUCUACAAAUUUGCACACAUUCAAAUAACCCUGAUUACUGUGUGCAUGUAGUUAAUUAAUACUCAUAUGUCAAUAAUAUUGUAGAUAAUAAAUUACGCGCGUUGAUUUUAUAUGUAAAUUGAUAUUCUUAGUUACUUCUAUUCACGGUCUAAUCUAUUUAUCAGAGCUAUAUUAUACCUACCUAUACAUAAGUAUAAGAUUAUUUAAUCUUCAAUAUAUUAUUAUUCCAAUUAAAACUUAAUAACCCUUGCAUAUUUUAUUCUAGAUAUGUAAAUAUUUUCCACUAGAGACAGUAAAAACGCUACCUCACUUACAUAUGUCUUAGCUUAGCCAAUAUCUGUAUCGCAAGCAAAUGUACAAUUUGGACAAGUAUCUAUUUUAUAAUGUUCUUGAAAAAAAUUACCUUCUCAAUGAGCUCCGAACGUUAAUAAAGUUCAUUUUUUCUCCUUUAGUCCCAUUCAAAAAGAUAGGUGUUAAGACUAUAAAAUGCCAGUGUUUAGAAAUAAUGGUAGUUUAGUAACGACAUAGCAUAAGGCAGAACUAGUCAAAUAAUUUAAAAAAGGGCUAAUUAUUUGCUCAAAAAUAUAAUACUGUUUAAAUAAUGACAGAUUGUGAAUAUAUUUAUUUUUCUUUACGUUCCUUGUAACAUACCACCGCUAUUUAAAACCGAUAUAUUAGACGUUAUUUGGCCUAAUUUAAUAUAUAAUAUCAAGUUUGCUGAAAUGUUACAAAAGCUUUAAUUUUUUUCAGUAUAUAAUAUAACGGUUCAAUAAAAAAGGUUUGUAAUCAGUAAGAUUUAGAUUCAAUGAAAAUAUAAUUAUGUGAUAUCUGACUGCUACGAUUUAUUUAACGCAGUCAUCUUAUUAAAUAAAAAAGCCAUAUCAUAUGAAAUAUAGCGCUUGUAUUAUAUAAUAUCUAAUAUGUAAACACUAUUAUUAAUUUAUUGAAAAAUGUACAUUGCAUUUACUUGUAAGUUAGUUUUUUAGGCUUUGUAAAUAUUGUUAUGACGUUAUAUAAUUUAUAGUUACUUGUGGAGAUGGAAUGGUGGUUAUAGUUAAUAAAUGUGGUAGAGUUGCUUGACAUACUAUCGACAGAGUAGUUGCACUCAAUUAUAACGAAAUAUUUCGUGUCUGUUACAUAUGUACACUGAAUAGUAAAUGUUUUCAUCUUGUAAUUGUAUAAUUGUGACCCUGGAUAUUAUAAUAGACGUUUUAUCGGCAAAUGUAAUUAUUUAUUAGAAUGUAAGUUUGGCAGUGGAAUUUAAUGUCGCUAUAUAAAAUAUGUUUUCAGGAUAUUGAAUCUUAACUGUUGGGCUUGAUCUAGCAAACUAUUUAAAAACUUGGUAUUCCAUAACAUACAAUUAGGAUGUUGUUUGGCUUUCGUCGUUAGGUUGUACUUUGUAGACGAGUCACAGGAAACUAUAUACUGCUGUAGUAUUUGUUAUUGUAUCUUUUGUUUUUGUUGAGUUUUGCCGUGUUAUAUAAAAGAGGAGUUUAUAAUAAUUAAUAAAUGCUACAAAAUUUAUACAUGUAUGCAAACUGAGGCUU